CAGCGCGAUGGUUCUAAGUGCACCGUGUCUGCUGUUGGUUAGAUUUAUAACGUAUGCUCAUUGUUCUCCAUGCAAUAUUCGUAUUUAUUUCCUCAACAAAAUGUAGACUAAUCGGGUUUUAAAAAGAACGGCUUUCGGGGAUUUAUAUGAUGUCUUCUUUAGGUUGUUUUCUUAUUAGACCAAUAAGACUGAUUCAUCUCCUGCAAGAUGUUUCCUAAUUACAUCAACGUACAAAUCGAAGUUAUUCGUCGGCGUUUCCUGGUGUACUGUUCUUAUAUGUAGACUGAUAGCAAGGAAUUGCAUUCAAGCUGUUACAGUUAAAUAGUGCUUAUUGGUGGGGGAUCCGCUUUUUACUGUAGCUUACUUGGAAAUGGGAAGCACUGCAAUGGAUUCUAAAAAGACAGAUGGUAGGAAGAAAACUACAAGAAAAAGGAUUACGCUUCGGUUAAACAUGCCGGACCUGAGUGCACUCACCAUGCCCUUCCUGGAGGGAGAGAGUGACCAUCACACUGACAAGGACAGUGUGCGUAAGGGAGAAGCUGUCUGCCACACCACGAGCCCCACCAAAGGCUUUCUCAGCAGGGGCCCUUUCAGCCGCCCGGCCAGCCCCAUGUCAGCCCCGGCAAGGUGCAGGAACAGCCCCGGGUCCCCCAAGACCAUCUUUCCCUACCCACCUCAGCAGGAGUCACCUCCCAAGUCGGCACGCCGCCUCAGCUUCACCGGGAUCUUCCGCUCCUCUUCCAAGGACUCCUCCUCCACAUCCACCUCCACCUCCCCUGCCAGCAUUAAGCUCUUCUCCUGUACCAGGAGAGCCUCUGGGGUGUCCUCUCCACCCACCACUCCAUCCCAGGUGACCAAACAGCCAGCUCUGGAGGCUGGCCGCUCUGAGCCUGUGCAUCAGGAGGAACGGCUGCGCUCCUUCUCUUCCCCCCCGGAAACAGGCCAGCAGCCCUGCUUGCUGUCCGCCAAGCCCUCCCUGACCCCCUCAUCAGCCCCCAUCUCUACCUCACGCACGGUGAGGGCCCACGGCAGCUCCUUGCUUCACAGCGUUCCCGGUUUAUCUGGAGGCAUGCUGGAGAAACUUGAUAUCGAUGAUGAAGUUGUUGAAGAGUCCGAGAGUGAUAUUUAUAUGCGCUUUAUGAAGUCACACAAGUGCUACGACAUUGUCCCAACUAGCUCCAAGCUCGUGGUCUUUGACACAACGCUGCAAGUUAAGAAGGCCUUUUUUGCCUUGGUGGCCAACGGAGUCCGAGCUGCCCCCCUGUGGGAGUCGAAGAAGCAGAGCUUUGUGGGAAUGCUAACCAUCACAGAUUUCAUCAACAUUCUUCACAGAUACUACAAGUCACCCAUGGUGCAAAUCUAUGAACUAGAGGAGCACAAGAUUGAGACAUGGAGAGAGCUCUAUUUACAAGAAACAUUUAAACCUUUAGUCAACAUAUCCCCAGAUGCAAGCAUAUUUGAUGCUGUAUAUUCACUGAUCAAGAACAAGAUCCACCGACUGCCUGUCAUUGACCCUGUCAGUGGAAAUGCACUUUACAUCCUCACGCACAAAAGGAUCCUCAAAUUCCUUCAACUCUUUGUAUGUGAGAUGCCAAAGCCAGCCUUCAUGAAGCAGACCCUGGAGGAGCUGGGUGUCGGCACUUACAGUGACAUCGCCUUCAUCCACCCAGACACGGCCAUCAUCAAAGCCCUGAGCAUCUUCGUGGAGAGGAGGGUGUCUGCGCUGCCCGUCGUGGAUGAGUCUGGAAAGGUUGUGGAUAUAUAUUCCAAGUUUGAUGUCAUUAAUCUUGCUGCUGAGAAGACCUACAAUAACCUGGACAUUAGCGUGACUCAGGCCCUCAUGCACCGCUCGCAGUACUUCGAAGGGGUCAUGAAGUGCAACAGGCUAGAAACGCUGGAGACUAUAGUGGACAGAAUAGUCAAAGCUGAGGUACACAGGCUGGUGGUAGUGGAUGAGAACGCCUGCAUCGUGGGCAUCGUGUCCCUGUCGGACAUCCUGCAGGCCCUGGUGCUCACGCCAGCAGGUCUGAAGAGGAAGGAGUGUGAGGGAGAGGCUGAGUGAGACACUGGGGCUGCUGAGUUCUGUCAUGCUGCUGGAAUGGGAGAGGAUGCUGGAGCUUGUUUGUGUUUGUGGCGAUGUGGGCCGCCAGAAAAAGGCCAAGGGCAUGGAGUGGAGCGUAGUGGGGGAUUAAAUGCAUACCGCUGGAGGCCAAAAGAUGGAUGGGCAGGCUAUGGCGGGGCAAUAAGGCAAACCACCAGGGAUUUUCUCAGAGGGACUGUGCAAACCUCCAGUCUCCCAAACCUGUUACCACAAGCGCACUAUGAUCACUUUUCACUACACAUGAAACAUCGCCAUCUGGUGUCCGUUCUAUGUUCCGAACGUGACUGAUAGCCGCUGGACUGUACCAUUGUCAUCUUGAGGGUAUUGUCAAACGGCAGGACAUUCAGAACUGAUUUUUUUCAAAGUGAGUUUUUGCCAUUUACUUGUUCCUUAUGUAGAAUGAAGCUUUGACUUCUGGCUUUAUAUGAACUUAAGUUCAUUUGAUACUUUUUUCUUCGCUCUGUCUUCUGUAAAUACCGUUUUGUCCUCCCUAAAUAACAACCCUGCGGACGGAGAUCAUUUCACCUCUUUCAAUGGUGCCUUCUGUCCACCAGUUGUCUGUUAUAAAUUGCCAAGAGAAAGCGAUAACCGUGAAUGUGAUGGUAUCCGAAAUCCAAAACAAAGAUAUUUUUGAUUGUCACUGAUUUGAUUAAUUACUUAUGUUUAUAUUUUUCUUCUUUAGGAAAGUUCUUUAUUUCUAUAAGAUGGUUUUUGUUUUUUUUUUUUCUUUUCAAAUGAUGCUGUAAACACAGAUUUAUAGGUUUAUUUAUUUGUAGUGUUUUGUAGCUGUUUCAAUGUUGAAAGUAAUAUCUUGAAUGGGAUGUAAAGAAAAGUCCUGCCCCUAUGCAUUAAAUGUGCUGAUGACUUGACACUCGAUGCAAUUCAGAAUGCAGCCGCUGCCUACGAGCCCUCACUCUUCUUCUCUCCAGUUAAGCGGAGGUAUGCAUCGACCGUACUGUACAGAGGAAGAGCUCACAUCAAGUGCCAGAGAGAGGUCUAUUUUUCUGUGUAUUCAAUGUGUUAAAAAAAAUUUGUAAUAUUGCAGAUGUUCAUCUUCAGUUCCUUUUAUUGUGACUGUGCUGUCAAUAAAGGUCCUUGAUCGAAGCGUCAUGUCCACUGAAAAAAGCACAUCACUGGCAUGGAGAUGACUCGUUUCUUUUUUUCCUUUCCAUUUUGCAGUUUGGAAAACAGAAUUAAAUCCUGCUACUGAAGCUUUGGAUGGCUAGUGUUCUGCUUGUUGGACUGUUGGGGAGAGGUUCUCGCCAACUGUUCUAAAACAUUUUAAAUUAUUUUUUGUACACUUAAACAUAUUUAGUCUGAGAUUUGAAAAUGAGUUAAACAUGCAUUUUUCAUUUACAAGCAGAAAGUGUGUUUUGAGUGCAUGCGUCCCUGCUGGCUAUAAGUGUAUUGUUGGAUAAGGGUUAAAUGUUUGGUCCAACAUGCUGUCACAGGAUUACUGUGUUCAAGUAUGUGGAACGUAACUGUAGCAGCUGCUGCAGUUUGUUUGGAAGGGGUACAAAAGUAGUGGAAGUUGCCAUCUUUCCCAGAACUUUCACAUCAUGAACCUUCAUGUCCUGUUGAAAAUAUCUUUAUAAUGAUUGAUUUGUUUUAAAGUGCAAUUUAAUGCAUGCAAGCAAAACUUUAAUCCUUAAUCCUAUAGCAUUGUAAAAUGUGUUUGGGCAGAUAUUGGACAAAUUCCAGUAAUCAAAGUGGGUGUUUUACAUUGUGUUGUCCCUUGUAUAACAUGGCUCAUAAUAUUGGACAUAAUGUUUAAAUUUUGUGUGCCAUGCAAAUAUAAUGAAAAAAACAUGUGUUUAAAGUUUACCUUGUAAAAAUGCACCAAGGUUUUCAAGUUUGUUCUUUAGUUUCAGGUGUCCACAUUUUGCUGUAUAUUCCUACAUAAUCUUUGGUAAAGUUGGACCAUUUGCACUGUAGUUUAAAGUGUAAGAUACAACGUUUUCAUUGGGCCACAUCUUCCAAAGGUGUAUCACGGUUAUCUUGAACCUUGUAAAAUAUUGGGGGGGGUGUAAUCUUUCUUCUAUUUUCUGUCUUUAAAUAGCAUUGCUUCAUCAAAUGAUGUAGCUGGAAGCAAUUGUACAAUGAUUUCAUGCAGUGUGCGUCAUGUUAAUUGGGGGGAUAUUGGAUUUCACUUCUUGGGUGCAACAUCAGAUGGCAGUCUUAACACAUCUACAGACUCCACGCAUGAGGUCCUUCCUGAGCAUACUUGUGUUAAAUCCACAGUGAACUCUCAAGGGCUGAGUGAUUAAAUUUAAACUUGCGAAUUUGUUGUAUACCUAAGCAUUCUGUGUGAUAAAAAAUGAAAAAGAGGACAUUUUUUAUUUAGGAGUCACUUGGUGCAUUUGUCUCAUAGUGAAAUUUUUUUUAGUUCACUGCCCAAGUAGUAAGGAGCAUAGUAUUUUGUUAUUGUAUUUUAUUUAUAGCCUCUAUAUGAAAUGUUUUUGUUUUUGCAUAAUUAUUUUUUAUUUUUGCAUAAAUAAUGCAAGUACAAUGAAGCAAAGUCCACCCUGUGGUGUUUGCUCACAUGUGAUGCGAGAAGGAAAGUGUCCAUUUGCUGUUGUGCAGAAUGCCCCUGGUCGCAUCUGCUACAGUUCAUGGUAUCAAACAUAAUACAUUAUUUACAAAGUAUUUAAAAUUUAACUGUGUAUAGUAAAAUACACAACAGUAUGUGAACUUUGCAUGUCCCUGUUAACAUCUUCUGUACAAAGUGGAUUAGCAGUGAGCUAUACUUACCACCCACUUUUUUUUUUUUAGAAACACCCUAUGACAGGAAGUUAAAUGUGUGUCCAUUGUCUAGAGCCAGUGAGAUCUGUGUUUUGAAGUUCCCAGCCUUAGCUGCACCUACAUUCACUGAACACUUUUUAAGUACACCUACAUUCCCGAUGCAUUUUAAAUGUCUACACGCAUGUCACCCACCCUCUCUCCUGUUCCUCAUUGGUCAGUUUCUGAUCCUAGUGUCAUAGCUGACUGGAUAUUAUUUGUAAUAUGACAAUGACACCAGUAGUGUAGUAACAAGGAGUGUUGUUGAUCUCAUAUAGCAGGGAUGCUGGAUAUUUUACAUGGUUAAACAUGGUCUGCCACCCAAAAAUAUCUGGCUAACAGCAGAUUAGACAAUGAGCCGAAGGAUUGCUAAACACAAAUGGUACCAGAUGAGACAAAGUCUCUUAACUGUAAACGAGGUUCUAAUAAAAAUGUUAAAUAAACUGAAAGGAGAUCUCUACAUCCACAUAUUGUUAUGAAUUGCAUGAAUGCAUGCAAGAGAUUUAGGUUUAAAGUGACCAUUGCAUGGUGAUAAGUCAUUUUUACCACUUUAAAGAUAAAAAACAAUAUUUAUGAAAGUGGAGGCAGCCAUGUCUAAAAUGGAUUUAGAACAAAAUCUCUUAAACAUCCAGUCUUUAUAAUGGUACUUUCAUAAUGUGAAGAAUCAGUGGAAAAAUGACUUCUUGCUGCUUUAAUGCUGGAGCCAGCUUUACGUUGAGCUAAUGUUGAGCUUUGUUUCAGCAAAGAACAAAUAGUAUUUUUUUUAAUAUUUAUUUUGUACAAGCAUAUUUAAUUAUUUGUUUUUGUAAAGAAAGAAUAUCUAAAACACAGCUGAUGCACCUGAUACCUGUGAAUACGGAGGAUGUUUGUGCUGACGUGACAGGCGAGUGGAGUGGAGAGAGCAGACUGAUUAAACACUAUAUGCCACUA